AUGGAUUCGGGCAACAGUGGGAGUAUGCAAUCUUCCAGCACCGCCGGUGAUGAAGAGUACGACUCACGCGCCGACCCAUCAUCGUCUUCAUCAAUCUCUGCGUUCUUUAUUAACAGUAACCCCCACCCUCCACCACAACAAACAACGUUAGCAACUCACGUUGUUGGUCCUCCUUUCUCUUCUCAGCACCACGUGUUCGACCCUUUAUCCAAUUACUUGGAUCCGACACAAAGACCGCCGCAAUCAAACCAAAUCCUCAACCUGGACAUGGUGUGGUCCAAGGUUGCCGCCAGAUCCGACCCCGGUCUUAGUUCCUUCGUACCUUCAUCUUCCCCACACAACAACAACAACAACAACCAAGCUUUUCUGUUAACUCAAUUGGGAGGAGCAGGAGGUCAAAGUCAACCACGCGGAGGAGGAGUUAACAACGUUGCUGUUUUUCCCAGUACCACUCUCCCUCUAGAAAGUGGAGGAGGAUUACCAGUGAAUGAACAAGUAAACAGUAGCAGCACCAACACGGUGGUUCGAAACCCGAAGAAAAGGUCAAGAGCAUCUAGGCGUGCACCCACCACUGUUCUCACUACGGACACCACAAAUUUCCGAGCCAUGGUUCAGGAAUUCACUGGCAUCCCAGCACCUCCUUUCACUUCCUCCUCCUCCUCCUCUUUCCCCAGAACCAGGUUAGAUCUCUUUGCCUCUUCUAAUUCUAUUGCUUCUUCUUCUUCUUCUUCCAUUAUUAGAGAGCAAACACAAACACCUCCUUAUCUUCUUCGCCCCUUUGCACACAAAGUUCAAGCUCAACUUCCUUCUUCAAUCCCACCACCCUCUUCCUUUCCACCCAUGUUGAACAACUACCAGCAGCACUCUCUCAACAUGCAGCAAAACCCAAUUCUCAGCUUCCAAUCCAUUCUCCAACCACAACCACUCAUUGGUUCCAAAACUCAACAACCCUCAUUGGAAAUACCGCCUAGUGCUGUUGAUUCUUCACACCUCAAGAUGGGUGGGUUGGAAGAGUUAGGAUUGAGCAAUGCGCACGAUGGUGGUCAUCAUCAAAACUUUAACAUGGUUUCGUCUUCAUCGGAUGGAGCAUUGUCAAGGGUAACCAACAGCAACAUGCGUGGUGGUCCUUCUUCGGCAGACUGGGCCCUGUCCCAGGCCCAAAGAAUUGACAACAAUGAUGGAGGAGUUUUGAGGUCUCUCGGUGGUGCCACUGCGACGUUAAACUACAGAAGCAAUGUUUCGGAUCCGCGAGUAAAGGUUACUAAUAAUAAUUCGGAUUUUCAUGGAGACAAAGGACCGGAAUGUGCUGUGGCCGCACGAAGCGAAGGUAUGGUCGAAUCCUGGAUUAAUUGUUCUUCUGAUUAA